GUUCUUGUCAUUAAGUGAGUAAAUGAGAACACCAAAUGGCAGAUCCCCUUUUUCAGCAUUGGUUUCAUGGUCGCAUAAGCCGACAAGAUGCCGAAGAGCUUCUCGUCCGUGCUGGCAAGCGUGAUGGAUUGUACUUGCUGCGUGAAAGUACUGCUUCAGCAGGAAGCUAUGCUCUGUCAAUGUGCCAUAAUAAUAAGAUAAUCCAUUAUCACAUCCAACGCCAUACAGACGGAAUGGUGGCUAUUGAAGAUGGCAGGAGAUUUCCUGGACCAGUUGAGCUGGUGCAUCAUCACCAACGUACUUUGGAUGGACUAUUGACCAGACUUACAGAGCCGUGCAAUCGCCUCCCUGGGGUACCCCCUAAAACUUUCUCUGGGGCCAAUCAGGAACACAUCAAGGGUGCAGCUAUUGCUGCUAUGGCUUCAAUGGGAUUAGAGGUUUGUUCUAUGCACUAGUUGAUAAAGUGUUAUUAACCCUUUAAGCCCCAAUAUACAUGUACAAAUUCUCCAAACUGAUCUCUAUACAUUUUCUUAAAGAAUGAGUUGAGAGAAUUUGAUAAAAGAUCAAAGAAUUUUCUCUUAGGUGAUCAAUUUAUUAAUUCUCAUGACCUAACGUCUUGACAUUGUAUGGAUAUUGUUAGGAGAAAAUUGAUGUUGGUCACUAUUGGGACUUAAAGAGUUUAUAAGCUUGCUCUUUUUGCUCAAAAUCAACAACUUUAUGCUGUUUUAUUUUCUGUUGGAGGCCCCCUUUUGAAUUCUGUGAUUUCUGUAUUGGGAUAUUUUCCACCCAGCUAGUUGGUUCCCUGCAUCGUGAAACCAAUUCAUGUAUCUGGACUGGUUUAAUUGUCAUUUAUAGUGAAAUUGCAAAGUUGAUUAAUUUUUAUGUAUUUGUCAUGCUUAUGUUAUCGGCUUCUAAAUUGCAAAUUCUAUCCAUCUAGGAUGGUGAUGAAAGCACCGCUACCCUUAUGAGAGCUAAAUUAGAAAGUGCUAUUGGCUCUGUCAUGCACAAAAGUCAGCCGUGGUUUCACAAUGACAUUUCACGCGAUGAAGCGGAAAGGCGUCUACAGGUGAUGGGAUUGCAAGAUGGAAUGUUUCUUAUCCGUGAAAAAGACCCAGGGUUUGUUCUUUGCCUUGCUCAUGAAAGCGCUGUUGUGCAUUACUUGUUUGAUGUUGAUGCAGUGGGAAAACUGUCAAUCAAAUCUGGCCCAAAGUUUGAUAACCUGAUGCUAGCGGUCGACCAUUACACACAACGAGAGGAUGGUUUGCUGUGUAAAUUGCGUGAACCUUGUAACGCUGAGCUGUUUGAUGGUCGGCGGAGAACCCCUUCAACAGGAACUCGUCCUCCUGGCCUAUUUGAACAAAGAAGAUCACCCAGCAGCUCGCUUAAUGAGAACUCGCCUUUUGCUUCAAACCCUUUUCUGCGUGCUGGGUCAGGGACUGGCGCUAUGGUGCCUGAUAUAAUACGUGAAGGUACAGAUAUUUUGAAUGUGUUUCUGUGUAGGUGUACAUGUAUGCUGUACGUGAAAUUAUUACUUACAGAGCUUCAUUUAAUCAUCUGUUAAACCGUCUUUGUGUUUUACUCCAAAUACAAUAAUAUACAUAUGGGAAAAUAAAAAUAAUUGUUAUUUGCUGCGGUUCUAAGAAUAGCAGCAAAUUAUUGUUUUCACAACUUCAACUUAUUGACAGCUGUCAUGAAGACUCAAGUAUAAAAGGGCGGGAUUUUACUGCUCAAGGUGAUCAUUCUAAGCUGACAUCGCUGUUUGGUUGAUUUCAUUUGUCAAUGCUCAUUGAUAUAUUCAUAAUUUUGUAUUCUAGUUCAACCUCUCUCCCUCGAGUGUCUGGCCAUGCUUUCAGGAGGGUUCAGGUUUCCUUCUUAGAUAAGGGGGUUUUUCCUGACGGGCAGCAGACACGAUUUCAUCUUUAUUCCAUUAUCGAUCAAAGAACUUUACUUUAGACCUUGUUACAUUUUUCCUGCUUAGCUACCUUUGGAGAAUCUAAGUGGUUGUAUUUGCAUAAAUAAACAGGGACUGAUGUUUGCAUUACACUGGGCUUCUAUCCAGUGCCGCAAUCAGUUUCCCUAUUAAAUUUUAACACAGAAUGAUUCAUUGUUUUUUAUUGUUCAUGGUCUCUACAAUAGGAAAUAGGGAAAACCAUUAAUGUUACAUGCACAAGAAAAUGUGUUUCGCCUUGUAAGCUGUAAUUUCACAUCAAACUGUUGUCCAAACAUCCCAUGGUAAUGAUAUUGAGAAUUUGUUAAACUAAGACUAUUAUUUUUUGCCUUUUUAGCCUUUCCAGGACCUUCUUCACCAAGGAAUGCUCCUCCACCAUUACCUACUUCCCUUCCACCAGGCAGUAGGAAUUCAAUUGGACCCCCUCGACUACCACCCAGACCAGUUCCUGUCAGUCCAAGAGGUCCAAUUCCGCCACCAGUUAGUCCUGGCCCUACAGGUGCCACAGAUGGAAGAAGGAUGCCAGGUAGACUAAAAUUAAACAUGUACUUUAUUUGAGUGUCAAUGUAUUUAGCACUUAAGUACUGAUUGAGAGCACUACUUUCACGUCCCCUACUGGAGAUGGGACCACCAUCUUAUGGGGUCAUCUGGGCCUCUUGAAGGUCCAGCCGUUAGCAGGGCAAAGGCAGACUACCUUCAUUUCUCAGUUUUUUUAAGGCGCUGAGUAUUAGUCCAGCCCCAGGAAUUAAAAUGAUGACCUCCCUCUCUGCAGUCAAGCAAUUUGCAGACUAAGGUCAUCCUACUGUGGGUAAAGGUAUUAACUGCUGUGGUUAAGGUAGUUUAAGCUUCACGUAUACGGCAAACAUCAGAUUCAAGUUGAGAAUUCUCAAAAUCGAAAAUGAGCAGAUAAAAACAUGUCAGAAAAUUCUCCUUAUGGAUAGAAAAUUGUGUGAGACUACUAAUUUAUGUACAUAGAAAUAAUAAACAGUAGGCAACAAGUAAAGGGGAAACUUGGUCACGUGGGUACAAAUUCACGUUUGCCGUUUCAGGUAAACAUGAUGGCUAACCUCUCUAUGAACCAUUUUUCUUUUGGAUUCUUUGAUGGAAAUGGAAAUGUAUGUCUUUAGAUUGCGCACGUGCUGUUUAGUAGUUUUGACACAGUCUUUUCGUUGUUCUUUUUCGGUUCAGGUGCAUCUGGAGGUGCUCAGUUUGAGGCCAUUUAUGACAGCAUUAAGAUGAAGAAAAGCUCUUUUUACUUCAAUCAGUUUAAAGAUGUUCAAACUCGGAAGCUGAGGAGUGAAAAUUUAAAACUAGAAAAAGAGUUGGGUGAGUGUAUUUUGCAGGAAAGUAGAAUUUGUUCUUUGAUGUUGGGAUUAUAGGUUGAAGUAGGAAAGGUUUUUAUCCUUCCCAGCUAUGUCCAUUGCUCUCACUCAGCAUGUUCAUAAGUUAAUAUUUGUAGUGAAGCAAAACGUACAGGAUUGCAUUACUAACCAGGCUGAAAGGGAGUGAAUAGUUACUGUAUUAUUGCCUUGGUAUCUUACUUAUUUCUCUCUGUUUAAAUGCUGACAUUGUUCUUAUGAUUUUGUUGUUUGUGUUUUUAAUCAGGUCAUGGUAAUUUUGGCUCUGUUCUCAAAGGCGAGUACACUAAGUUAAAUGGAGAGGUGAUUCCGGUGGCUGUUAAGAAGCUUAAAUCUGAGGAAAUGAAUAAUCCUAAGGUACAAAUAUAUUAUUUAAACAUGCAUUUUACAUUCUCAGACGUAAUUUAACUUAUACAUGUACAGGCAUCUGUAACUACUUUCCAAAUCAUUGUAGUAAAUGUUAUACCAAAACAAUUAAAGUUUUUUUCUCAUUUUCUUUUAAGGCUGAAAUUAUGCAUGAAGCUGAAGUUAUGAUGAAACUGGAUCACCCAAAUAUUGUUAGAAUAAUAGGUACUGUGUGAUGUUAGCAUUUUAAUGACUGAUAAAUUGAUUUUGUAGCUUUUGGCUUCUUUGCAGGUCUGCAUUGUAUAGUUAAACUGAUACAGAAAGGUUGUUAUAUGAAAGAGUAGAGUGUACAGUGUUUGUGACAGUACAUUAAUGAUGUUGUCUUUGAUACCAUUAGCCCGUGUGAAUGCAGACAUAUUUCUGGUCAUUACUUCUAUCCACCUGAAAAGUAUUGUCAGCAGCCCUGUGAUGUAAAACAUUUGUUUUGUUGUUGACCAAUCCAAUUAGAGUAUAAAUAGAGGAUAUUACACGAGUGGCGCAAAGAUAUGAAUUUUUUUUUCAAGUGGCAAAACAAUAUUUUACGAACGAGUGCAGCGAGUGAGUAAAAUAUUGUUUUGCCACGAGAAAAUAAAAUUCAUAUCUUCAAGCCGCUGUGUAAUGUUCUUUUUAUUAUACAGACAAAAAGACAUCAAUAAAAUAAUGGAGGGAAAAGACCGAAAUUACAUCAUCGAUAAACUCACGUGUGAGAUUAUGGAGAAUAAACCACUCGGGUCCCGGAUGUAGUUUUUAUGAAUUUUACGGGUGGUAUAUUUUCCAGUAAAACCCUUGUGUCUAUAUAAUAAAAUAAUAAUAACGUAAAGUUCAAGUGACUCCUCAUGACCUUGCAUGCUGAUGUGUCUAGGAAUUUAGUAAGAUUUUUUAAAUACACAGUCUUUAGAACAUAAAUGUCAAGAUUUCUUAUGAUGGUGAAUGCUGCUUUCUAAUUUGUAGAGUAAGGGUUCUAGAGCAAUGGAUAAUAUUAUUUUGUUCUUUGGUUUUGCUUAAGAAAUAUAGGUGUUUAUAGUAAUGUGUCAUCUUUGUUUCUUCACCUGUGGGGUAUGGCAGGUAUUUGUCAAGAUACAACAGUGAUGCUUGUCAUGGAAUUAGCUCCAGAAGGACCUCUCCACAAAUACCUCAAGAAACACAAGUAAGGAAAAAAUUGGUUAACCCUUUAGAAGCCAUUUAUGCAGCUCAACAGAAAGUUUUUGUGCUAUUUAUUUUAUUUUCAACUGUGGCUUUUUAAUUUAUUGCAGAAGUCUACCAAUGUUCAAAAUCUUUGUCAUCAUGUUACAAGUUGCAGAGGUAAAGAAAUGUCACAUAAAUUGAACAUUGAAAUUAUUGUGCAUUAUAAUAAAUUAAUAUUCAAACUUCAGGAUUUUGUGUCACAGGCACAAAAAUUACAAUACCUUUGUAUAGCAUAACAAAAUGUAACACAGUACUUCUCAGUAGCUUUCAUUGAGAUGGUCACAUUUUAAGAAUACAUCCACAGACUCAAAAGUAAGAAUCAUCUUGUACAGCAUAAUGAAGUCAUUACCAAAGGAAAGUACUGCUCAGUAGCUUAUGCACCCACCCUUGGAGAUUUAUUCAUCAAAUUUAAAACAUGGUAGGACUGUGCGUAAGUAGAGUUUCAAAUGUUUCAUCCAUGGAGUGGAGUUGAUUAGAUGAAAAAUAAAAUAAGAAAAUGUAAUCAUAAUCUUUUCUUUGCACAGGGAAUGCAAUAUCUUGAAAACAUGCAGUUUGUGCACAGGGACCUUGCUGCCAGAAAUGUGUUGGUAGUCAAUGAGGAUUUUGUGAAAAUCAGUGACUUUGGAAUGUCUCGGGCAAUGGGAGCUGGUACUGACUACUAUAGGGUAUCUACCUACUGUAUUUUGUGCCCUUGUUAGAAAGCCAAGGACCUAAAAAUGUAAAAGAAAAUGUUGUCUGUAACACGCAAUCCAUGCUUGAAUUUCAUGGAUUCAGAAGUUGGAAGUCCAGAAAAAUUAUCAAGUUAUUGAGCACACUAUGACAAGUAUGUCUUGUACCCUUUCUGACUGUAAGAAUCUGUUAUGAAAAUAUAUCGAUAUGUAAUGCCAACUUUCAAGUCGUGUGGACAAAAGCCUAUGUUUGUUUGCUGUGUACAGUCAACUCUCGCCUUGCGGACACCCCGCUAUAACGGACACCCCGAUAAUACGGACAGCAGAUAAAUUGCGGGCAAAAAUAAAUUGCAGACAUUUCACUGAAAUAAACUCCCGCUAUUACGGACUCUCGCUACAGAGGACACUAACUUAAGGUCCCUACAGUGUCCGCUAUAAAGAGAGUUGACCGUACUAUGUAUUCGUUUUGGUAUAAGCCUUCUUCUUCUCCAAAGACUUUAUGAGCAUAUUUUUUUUGUAGGCAGGGAAGGCUGGAAAAUGGCCUCUGAAAUGGUAUGCCCCUGAAUGUAUUUACUACCGGAAGUUUAGCAGCAAGAGUGAUGUGUGGAGUUAUGGCGUGACACUGUGGGAGGCAACUUCAUAUGGCAGGAAACCUUAUGAUGUAUGGCUCAACAAUUCCUUGUACAUAAAUAGACCCUAUUCUCGUUAAACGUGUUUUAGUAUGAUGAUUUGACUAGUUUGUCACACAAAAAAAUGAUUCCUUAUGUAUGAACCAUUAUUUACAUUUGGUUGUCACGGAAUCCUACACAUACUGACAGUCACGCAAACAAGGAAUUCUCAGACUAACAAAGUUGUAGCCUGUCCAUCACGAACCCAGGUAAACAGGGUUGUACACCUGUAAGUCCUUAGCAAAGGCUUAUUCACAUUAUCAGAUUACCACUUUCGUAUUGUCAGUCUAUAUCAUCUUUCUUGCUUUUAAACAAACUUCUAAUUUAUUGUACAGACUUAAACGUUAUCGUAGUACUGCACUCGGGCACUCGAUAGUUCUUUAACCCUUUAAGUCCCAAUAGUGACUAACGUCAAUUUUCUCCUAACGACAGGGUUCGCACGCGCCUUGAAAGUCCUUGAAAGUCCUUGAAUCUCAAAAUAAAAAUUCAAGGCCUUGAAAGUCCUUGAAAAUUGUAGUCAGUGCUGGAAAGUCCUUGAAAUUUGUAGCUAAUUUAAUCCAACUUAGAUUCUAGAGUGCCUUAUUUGAAAAUAUAUGCCACUGGCACAAACGUAGCAACACAUAGCAACACAACACACUGGGAAACUUGUGUGGAUUACAAAGUCAAAUAGUUUGAGGAGAACAGCAAAAGAAAAGGAGAUGGCUCGCAAAGACCUUGAGUGCAAAAUUGCGAAUGUUGUGGAUGAACUAAAAAAGGCAUAGACUUUAAGCUCGACUUAAGCUCGGCACAAUUGCUACUAUAAGGUGAACAUCCUUUUAUUUUGCAGUUGGUGGAGUCCUUGAAAAAUGAAAAAUAUGUCCUUGAAAAGUCCUUGAAAAGUCCUUGAAUUUUUAGUCCAAAAAAGGGUACGAACCCUGUAACGAUAUCCAUACAAUGUCAAGAGAUUAGGUUAUGAGAAUUAAUAAAAUGAUCACCUAAGGGAAAAUGCCUUGAUCUUUUAUCAAAUUCUCUCAACUCAUUCAUGAAGGAAAUGUAUGGAGAUCAGUUUGGAGAAUUUGUAUGUGGAUAUUGGGGCUUAAAGGGUUAACUUCUAUGAACUGAUCUUUUUCAGGGUCUCAAUGGACAACUCAUCCUAGAACGGAUAGAGAGCGAAUACAGACUGGAAUGCCCUGAAGGCGUCCCGCAGAAUGUGUACAGUAUAAUGAGAAGCUGCUGGCAGUAUCAGUAAGUACAAUACACCAGCGUUCCAAAGUUAUUCGGCCUCUCACAGCCGGAAGACCUCAGAUAACAAUGACCACAACCAGGUUUGCGUCCAGCCGUCCAGCGGUUUUAGUGAAAACAAGGGUUUGCGUAGGGUGCACAGUCUCGCGGGCUCAUAAAACCUGAUCUCGGUCAUUGUUAUUGAAGGAUUUUCAUCACUCACAGCACGAGCUUAAAAUCGAAUAAACCAAUCACAUCUCAAAGCAAGUGCAGGUAGCCGCGGCAAGCGCGGGAAGCCCAUAUAUGGCGCGGCCUUUUGUGCGGGAAAACGCGUGUGUGCAAGUAAGGAUUGGUUUUUUAUUUAUUUCUUAUUGGUUAAGAAGAAGGCGCAAAAUUUUUCAACCAAUCACAAAGCAUAGCAAUGCAAAAUAUAACCACCCAUGAAAUUAAGGAUAGUUAAGUCCUCAGAGACAACGUCGAAUGGGUAAACUAUACGCGUGUUAUCGCUCAGCGCUUCGAGAGAAAGGCGACUGUUCGAAGUUAACGCAAGACAAAUAAAGUAAUUCUACUCAAUGUACAAAAUUUCAAUUCAUAUUUCGAGAAAUUCUCUCUCAAAUAACUGGCCAAAACACCAACCAGAUUUUUUUUUUGUCCGCAGUGAAGAGGACAGGCCGACUUUUAGAUUUCUGGCUCAGGAACUUGCAGACGUUCUGAUGGAGUUGAAAAAUAACAAUGGGCAUAGGGAUGAACAUCUUUAGUGAAAGCGCUCUGUUCAAACGUACCCAACUUCAAUGUAAAAGAAUAUUCCCUACCCUUCCAGUGCUAGUGUACAACGUCCGCUCUCAACUUUGGUAACCGUUUAUUGGCGUUCAAAAUGGCGGACGGAAGCUCAUUUCCAGGAGUUUCUCCUCCAUUUUUAACCCAGAGAAGGCCUGGGAACGACGUUGUAAUUCCGGCCAGUCGAGUAUCGUAUCGGUCGUAAUAGAUAUAAAUACGUGUUUACUUUUACCCGAAUUUCCCCGUGUGUAUUAUGAGCAGUGAUAUUGUUAUUUAAGCAGUCUAAUAGCUGUUGACUUACUUACUUACUUACUUACUUUCUUACCAAGCAAUAGCCUUUGAUUACUUUCUAAAACCAGUCUUUGUGAGGGCAUAGUUUUUGAAAUGCCUGUGUGAAGGCUAGAGUUUGAAAUACAAAUUCCGUAGAAACGACAAUUUUUUUACCUUUGAGUAAUCAUUCAAA